UUUAUCUUCGAUGCUGAAGAGCUUAGAAAUUAGGCCGCCUAGGCGGCCGUUGGCGAAGUGUGUCAAUCAACUGUUUGGCCUGCGCUGCGACAGUAUAUGUUACUCUCCCAUCCCACACAUCUGUUACUUGUAUUGCAAUUUUGGCUUCAUUUUACGCUCCAAACACUGUCCAAUGAACGACCAGACUAAAACUUUGAUGGAGAUGCUUAUGUGUCAGGUAUGUUGGGGAACACUGACACAACCCAUUUUCAGAUGUAAGUUCGAACACCUGAUGUGCCAAGAGUGCUUCGAAAAACUCUCGAAGUGUCCCACGUGCCGAGCAACGCUGCGGCAGAAGCUGCGCUCUCUUUCCAUGGAACACCUGGCCGAAGUUGUGCGCACCCCUUGCGAGUACAGCGAGGAUGGCUGCCCCGAGCUGCUCCCGCUGAAGACGAAGCGACGCCACGAGGAGACGUGCGCCUUCAGGCCUGACGCGACUGCCGCGGAAUGUCCGCUGUUGUACUCCUGCCCCUGGCAGGGCAGUCGGGGAGCCGUGGAGCAGCACGUCCGCUACGAGCACAGAGACGAGCUGGUUGUGGCAGCGGAUGGAGCCUUCAGGGUCGGGGAUUCUUCAAUAACAGUCUUAGAGUUCGACACGGCCCUGUUCGUGGUGCGAGCGGAAUCUGUCCCAGAGGCUGACUUCACGUCGCAUUACCUCCACGUCGGCCACGUAGCACAGGGUUUGCGCGCUGCGAAACCUCGCUACCGCUUUAAGGUGCAGCUUGAUCCAGACGGGCCCUUCUACAAAGGACACGUGACGGACUACAGCCAGCAGCUGCACGAUCUGGCGGCCGCGGGCGGCUGCCUCUUCUACGUGAGUCAGGUCGAUCAGCCCAGCAAGGUAUCCUACUCCGGCACCAUCAAGAAACUACUAGUCUAGGUUUUAAUAAAGUCAUGUUUGUUCUUACGUAUAUUCUCAAAUUUCCGUAUUUAAUUUAAAGCUUAAUUGUUUUAUUAAAAUUCAUUUACAUUAUUACUUAGAUCACACAAAUAAAAAUUUAAAUUGAAA